GCCUCUCGACCCAGGCCCCGCCCACCCUGCCCACCCCAGUCCCGGAGCUAUCAUGUGGCCCCUAGUGGCUGCCUUCGUUUGCCUGACCGUGGGCUUGUCCGGAGGAAUCUCCCGGGACUACCCCAAGAUUCUCAAUGGUACCAAUGGAACCAACGGUUUUCUCCCGGGUGGCUACACCUGCCUCCCCCACUCUCAGCCGUGGCAGGCAGCUCUCCUGGUCCGUGGACGGCUUCUCUGUGGAGGUGUUCUUGUUCACCCCAAAUGGGUACUCACAGCAGCUCACUGCAGGAAAGAAGGGUACACAGUUCACCUAGGCAAGCAUGCCCUGGGGCGUGUGGAGAAUGGCGAGCAGGCAAUGGAGGUGGUCCGCUCUAUCCCCCAUCCUGACUACCAGGUCAGCCCCACCCACUUGAACCACGACCAUGAUAUCAUGCUUCUGGAGUUAAAGUCCCCAGUCCAACUCAGCAGUCACAUCCGUGCUCUGCCACUCUCCCCGGAUGACUGCCUGCCCACUGGCACCUGCUGCCGCGUUUCCGGCUGGGGCACCACCACCAGCCCCCAGGUGAAUUACCCUAAAACCCUGCAGUGUGCCAACAUUGAACUGCGCUCAGACGAGGAGUGCCGACAGGUGUAUCCAGGAAAGAUCACUGCUAACAUGCUUUGUGCUGGUACCAAAGAAGGCGGGAAGGACUCUUGUGAGGGUGAUUCAGGGGGCCCAUUGGUUUGCAACGGCAAACUCUAUGGCAUCAUCUCAUGGGGAGAUUUUCCAUGUGGACAGCCCAACCGACCUGGUGUCUACACACGAGUCUCAAAAUAUCUGCGUUGGAUCUGGGAGACAAUCAGAAACACUCCGAAGCAGAGAUGGACAAGGGGCAGACAAUAAAACUGGGUUAAUUUGCCUGCCUCCCUCCCCCACUGUGCCUAUCUCACGGUGUGCUCCUCCCUUUUCUGUCCCCUGUGCCCUAAGUGUCCCUUUGGAGCCAUGUGCUCACAUUCACUACCAGCCACAUCCCCUCUACUAGCCUUGAAACGCCUCAUUAACUAGAGUACCCCAACUCAAAUGCCAUCUGAGUCCACAGCUCCAUCAUCACGGCUUCCAUAAACUGGAGUUUAUGCCUGUGUAUCCCAACUCUGUCUAUCCUAUUCAGGCCACUCAUGAGCAUUCUUAGAUAGACCUUCCCUGACAGCUUCUUGGAUCCCUCAAAAUAUUUACCCUCUGACAACACUGUGUGUUUUAUAUUCAAGAAGGUUCUAGAUUCCUUACAUUCUGAAAGUUUCUCUUGUCCAGAGUCCUCUGCCCCGACCACAUCCUAUGCUCUUCAAGAUGACUCAUCACAACUACUCUAGACCCUCUUCAUAACUCACUCCUGCUCCGACAUCCCAACGCAAACUACAUCCCACAUUCUAUUCCUUCUCCGAUAUCUCUACACGAACUACAUCCCACAUUCUAUUCCUGCUCUGACAUCCCCACACAAACUACAUCCCACAUUCUAUCCCUGCUCCGACAUCCCUACACAAACUACAUCCCACAAUCUAUCCCUGCUCCAACAUCCUGACACAAACUACAUCCCACAUUCUAUUCCUGCUCCGACAUCCCGACACAAGCUACAUCCCACAUUCUA